AUGUCGACCACUUCAAUUAAGCGAUUGAUAUUGUACUUAUUAGGAGAUUCAUUAACUGAAGGAUAUACCCGAUCCGGUACUGUUUUCCAUCCCUACCAGAUUCAAUUAGAAAAAAGACUCAAAAAUGUAUAUCCAAAUUUCGAGAUUACGCAAGAGGGAAUCUCGGGAGAUAGAGCAGCCGGCAGAUUUAUGGAACGCAGGUUGAAAACGUAUUUGAACAAAAAAUCUAGUGAGGGUGAAAUAGUGGACUGGGUUAUCAUAAUGGGAGGCACAAAUGAUAUAUUCCAAGUGUCGAGUGAUACAACAUUUGAAGGAUUGAAAAACCUAUAUAAUAUUUGUGAACAACAUAAUUCCAAAGUUUUGGCCUUGUCUAUUCUUGAAUUCAAUAAAGAAUGGGCUGGGUAUAAAUACGAUAAAAGAAGAGUCGAUGUUAAUGAACUUAUCAGGCAAAAUAUGUUCUUUUACGAUAUAGCAAGAGAUAUACCAUUCGACUCAAAUUCGUAUUGGGAACCUGAUGGUAUCCAUCUGACGGCUGAAGGAUAUGAUCGUAUGGGCGAUUUGAUCUUUGAAGAAUUACAUAAGAAAAUCAAUCACCAAGAUUAA